AUGCUUGAAUUUGCCCGCGGCACAAGAGCAAUCCAACAGAAUAAAUGGCCUCGUGGCGGGCUGAGGGCUCCCGCAACUUCAUCUGGAACACCCUCACCUUAUGGAGAUGACUGGGAUAUGCUAUGGCUCGGGUUCUGCGGGAUAGACUCUCGAGAAGGCGAGCGCCGAUUUUAUAUUAUCCCCGACGACCCUACAGUGCCACCUGUUCCUCGUCGCGAGGAUUUCAAACAUCCUCUCUUAGCCGACAACAGUCAAAUGCAGCAAGCUCGGAUUGUAUUUGACGCCGUUGGAGGGGUAUGCACGUCGGGAUUUGCAGUGACAUGCGACGCCGCGCGCAAGAUCCUCGCUCAACUCUCCAUGUCUCCGUUAAAUGAACCCGUCGACGUGGCCUAUGGAGCAAUGUGUGACUACAAGGGUCCGGAAGAUAACUUUUGCUGCCUGGCACCUUAUCCUCCGCUCAUCAGUAGUUGGAGACAGACUGGGUCCAGCGAACGAGAUUCAGACAUAUAUUACACUGGAGAUGAGUGGCAUGAGGCGUACUCCGAAGGGAUUGUGUACAGCACCAUGUUGAAUGCUCAGCGUUUGGCCAAUGGAGAAAGAACCUUUCUGGCGCAGUGGGAAGAAGCCGAGCCUCUGGAAAUUGAUCCCUCUGACUUUGUCUCCCCUCGGGGCUUUUUGUAUGAACGGGAGAUACCAGAUUCAAGGCCAACGAUAUCAAACUCGGUUAUCCCGGUCGAUUCGACCGUUACUCUUGGCUACACUGACUCUUCCGUGGUCUCAGCUGCUCCUUCCCCUACCAGUAUUAGGCAUAGAUCCCUUAACGAGGAUUACUUGUAA